GGGGGUUUCUUGAAAGUAGAAGAAACCAUUCUUUGUUUCGGCCCGUAUUUGAUAUUAGAGUACUUAGAGAAGGACACUGACCAGAAAUUUAAUUUAGAAGAAGCGAAAUACCAAUUAAAACUUCUAGAAAGCUUAGGCAUCCAACAUAACGACAUAUUCCAAAGAAAUGUAAUUGUAUCUCAGGGGAGAUUCAAUCUCAUUGAUUUCUCGGAAGCUUACUUGGAUGAAAUUGAUAUUCACAGAGACUUGGAAAACUUGGAGCGUGUUUGGAAGAGAAAUUUGGAGGAGGUUUGGGAGAAGAACCUGGAACAAUUUCGAGAACCUCGAACAGGUUUCGAAGCACAUGAAGAAGGUCAGGAACAAAAAGAAACCGGACAGAUCGAGGAUAUAAGCCUUUUAGAAGAUCGUGAAGAGAAAGCUCGUAAUGAAGACUUCUCAAACACCUAA